AUGUCCCAAAGUCCAUUACAAUUCGAAAUAGAAAAAUACUCGAGACAAUACUCUUCAAUAUUUGCUAAUAAUACCAUCACCACUACUAUUGGUGAUAAUAAAAAUUCUUUGACAAAUGAACAACAGAAAGCUGAAAUACGUAAAUUUCAAAUAAGGUUUAAAAAUAGCCAAGAUUUUGAUUUGUGUUCGAGAAUACUUGGUCGUUAUAUUAGUUGUCAACCAAUACUUGGAAAUGAUUUGGUUCAAUUUUCAAAUAGGAUGAAUAUUAACAACAAUAAUAAAAGACUUAAAAACGAUAAUUCAAUGCCUUCUUCAUUUUCAAACGAUUCACGAAAACUUGGAGAAACUUCACCUCAAGAUUUUAAUAAUAACAAUAAAAACAAUCCACAAUUGCCAAUACAUAAUAAAAGAUCUCCAUUACUACAACAACCGUCAAGGCCACAAUGUUUUUUACCUCCAUCAUUUCUACCACAUACAUUAUUUCCAAUACCACCACCAUCGUCAUCAUCACCACAACAUAGAUCAACCCUAGAACCAAGCGAGGUUCACGAAAAUCCUAUAAAAAAUCAUGAAUUGUCAAUAACUAGGAACACAAGAGUCAUAUCAACACCAAUCAAUGAUUCAAAUAAUUACCAAAACUCACAACAAAAUAUGAUGACUAGAACACCUUUAAAAGAAAUUUUAUUAAGGAAUCAUGUUUGUCUAGUUCGCAAUGAUAAUAUGAAAUUCAUGUAUUACCAGGAAACAGAACAUACCCGUUCGCCAUACGAUUAUCACUAUUCAAAUAUCUCACAAAAAAACUUACCUGUUUCAAAUCUCAAAUUGAUAUCACCAGCUGAAUCAGAUGAUGCAAGUCAUAAAAUGAAACAAGAGCCAAUCACCCCCUCAAAAUUUUUCCGGGCACAAUCCACUACUUCAAUUAAUGAACUAGCAAAAGAACAAGAAGAAAAGGGUUACGAAGAAAAAUAUGAUGGUGACCUUUUUCUUGGCUUUAAAUCAGGCGUGACAGAACAAGAUAAAACCUUACUUGGAAAUUCAAGGACCAGAACAACAAAUCAAGAUUUUCAAAAACAGCACGAACAAAUUUCUUCUCAUCAAGAAAAAUUAACAUCAACAAUUCCUCAUCUUCUAUCUCACUCGAGGACAAAUGUUGACAACUCUUUAACGAUUGAUGAUGACCAACUAAAAGAAUGGAUUGGUGAUAUAUUAAAAGAUCGUGAAUUUCCUCAAUUCGUUGAGUAUAAAUCUAUUUUUCAAUGUGUAUCAAGAGUGGAGAGAUUAUUGAAAGAAAAAUUUAUGGGCUAUGAAAUGUGA